AUGAAGGGAAUAGACAAGACGCAGUCUGUGGCACCAGACGCCUUCGCACGUACAGGAAAACAAGGGGGCACGGCGGUCUCGGACAGUUCAGCAGCACCAGGUGACACCCGUUUCCAGACAAACAGCUACAGAAGCUGGGUACCCAACCCUGAAGACAUGAUAGAUAAUGAAGCUUUCGGAAUCGCCCGGAACGCCUUCUACGAAUCCAAACUCGAAAUGCCACAUCCGCUUAUACCCGUGAACGGCACUGGCUUCCAGCCAGAGCCUGUCUUACCCGAGUACAUGUAUCCCCACGAAGUGCGAUGUCCGGCAGGAUGGCUGGCGUACGGUCCGCAUUGCAUAACCAUCGUAGCCGUGCCGGUCUGGACGACCUGCCCAGGCGAUCGGUCUUUUAAGAGGCACGGUCUACGCUCUCGCAUGGCCGUCGCUUCUCCAGGAAUCUGCGCAGUGACUGUAAGUCGAAUCAUCCUUCUGAGGGAAACCGGCGUCUCGUUGGUGUGUCCUGGAGGAUACGAGCCUCAUUUCUCGGAGGUCCUCGCUUUCACACCAAAUGAUGUUGAAAACGGCAAGACUGGCAAAAGUAACGAGCCUAUUGGCCGCGCGUUCACAUGCACUCAAUUGGAUUCCAUCCCAAUAGCCGUUGCUGCUGGCGACCAUUGUCCACCAGGCUACUCUAUAUCUGACGUCGGCACGUGCGAGGCAAGAAAGCAAGUCGGACCCUCUGUGUCUUGCCCAGAGGGGUUUGUGCUUGGUGGGGAACAAACCAGCCCAUAUGCAAUUUUAAGUCAAGAAUUCGCGAAGUGUGGAGCUGUUGAGUAUUACCUUGGCAAGGUAUGGUGUCCAGACGGAUUCUUACCUCUCGGAAUCGAUCUCCCGAAUCUACCUUUUGGUAGCAGCUUGGACGCCUUCGGUACGGUUGACAGGAUUGCACAAGCAGCGGAAGCUAAUCGGUUGUCACCAUCACCACGAUCACUCAAAAGAAUGGAGGAUACGAAUUCUCUACAACGUAGGAAAGCGAAAAUUCACAAAGUAGCCAGUGAACUUCGGUCAGUAUUCCCUGACUCAUUCGUAGACGUUCUUUUGCAAAACACUCUCAGUGAAAUGCAUGUCGAAGCAGAAACGAAUCCACUCGAUGAGGAAGAAAUGCAACAAGAAGGAUCAUGGAAAGAAGACGCAAAAAGCGAAGGGCAUCGCACCGAUCAAGGAAUGGAUGAACUAGAAAUAGGUGAUACUCUUUCUGACGAUAUGGAGGAAGAUCUAAAUGAGGACGUCUGGAUUGUAGACGACACAGAAGCUGAGAUGGAGGUAGAUUAUGAACUGGCUGACAACUUUGACUUCCAGCUGAAAGCCGAUAGUCAAAGGUCUCCAACAAACGAAGCAAGUCUUCAAACCCAGGGAAGACAGUCAGCCACCGAGGGGUCACCUAUAUCCAAACUAAACAGUGAAGCAAUUCCAAGCAGUUUGGCGUCCUUCGAAGAAACCACUAUCAAGCAAGCGCAGGCUCGAGGGACUACUCCAGCAGUACACCCUCAUAGAAAUGUGUCUUCGGAGAGCCAGCAAGGUACAAGUGAAACUCUGAACAGGGAUGGCGAGACAGGCGGUCAUUCGGGCAGAAAAAGACGCUCGGAAGUGCGACGUAAGAGAAGAAUGCAAGAGCAACGGAAAACAUCUGAAGGUGUCCAGGCUACUCCCAACCUGAUAAUGCAAUUGGAGGCGAAGAUACCGCCUGGAGGCGCAUGCGUGCAUAUCGUCGGAGUGUUCGAAGGCCACUGCGACAAAAUCGAAUGCCAUGGUGGCAUAAUGAAGAAAAUCCAUCAGCUUGUCUACGACUGGGUUGACUAUCGCCUGAGGGUGGACAUAAGGCAGGUUGACAUGUUCAUUCCUAAUGGAAGGGAUUUCAGGAGAACAACGCCUGGAUAG